CUCACUACGCUUGAAAACAUAACAGCUCGAUAAGGCGAGCGAGACACGGCCCGUGCACACACAGGGGCGAAGAGGCUCACUGACACACACAGUGAAAUCCUCUACAUCUUCUUCAUACUUCGGACUAAAACCUGCAAUGGGAAUAGAAGUUACAGAUAUUUGCAUGGACAAGGAAUCAGAAUGUGUGAUAGUUUAUUCAGAAGGUCUUUCUCAUGAUUCAAAUCAUGAGAGAAUUCCCAGUGAUCAUGCGAUUUCUGAGUCAUAUGAGCAUAUUAAUGGAGAUCGUGAACCCCAAAAUUUGGAAGAGAGCAUUGAAGUAAAGGAAUAUGAAGUGAAGGAAUGUACUACAGAAAACUCUGUUGAUGUUUCUCAAAUGAGUCAUGUUGAAAAAUCUAAUGAAGAUCAGAAUGCAGUAGGCUUGAAUUCUGAGAAUGACCGGCCUGUGGAGAAGGUUCAACUGAAUUCUCGGAAAACAAAGGAUAGUAAUAAGUCACGAGCAUCUGUAAUUCACACAUCAAAAUCUGCUGCUGGAAAUGCUAGAACAAAACAUACUGUUCCACAGCCAUUUACCUUGGCGACUGAAAAGCGUGCUUUAUGUGGAACUCGUCCAGUCAGUGCUGUACUUGAUUGCGGAAAUGGUGGCAAUAAAUUAUCUAACACAAGUGAUCUGCGACAUCUUCAUACCACAAAGCAUAACCAGCCAAUAUCACCUUUGAUAUCAAGGAAGCCUUUGCAACCAGAUAAGAAGAAACAUUUUGAUGAGGAAGAUUCCUGUUCUGUUGCUUCCUCCACAGUAUCACGGACUAUUAGGUCCAGAGCAACUGCUGCAUCAGCUCCAACAUUUAGAUGCACUGAGCGUGCGGAGAAAAGGAAGGAGUUUUAUACGAAGUUAGAGGAGAAACACCAAGCGCUGGAGGCUGAAAAAACUCAAAGUGAAGCAAGGACCAAGGACGAGAAGGAGGCAGCUAUCAAGCAACUGAGAAGGAGUUUAAUGUUUAAGGCAAACCCGAUGCCAAGCUUCUACCAUGAGGGACCUCCACCUAAGACUGAACUUAAAAAGCUGCCACCAACUCGUGCAAAAUCACCAAAGCUUGGCCGGAGGAAGAGCUGCAGUGAUACGGUCAAACUAUCCCACGGAGAUAGAAGCAAAGGAACUUUUGGUCGAGGAAAUCGUCACAGUAUGGGUAACUGCAAAGAAGACACCACUUAUGCUGGUUCUCCAAAAAGUGAAGCUCAGAUCAACAUCCAAAAGGGUAAUGCUGUUUCUGAAUUCAUUGAUGAGACUAAGAACGUGGAUGAGAUGAAAAAGUUCGUUCCUGCCAGCCUAAAUGGACAGCAUAUGGACAUUUUUGUUCAAUCUUGAGUUUUCUGGUGAGUUUCGUAAUUUAUAAGAAAAAAAGAGUUUUCAGUGUCUGUCUCAAUCUUGUGACUUGCUCUAAAUUAUUUGCAUUUCAUGCUUCUGUAACUGGCAGUGACUUGCUGCAUCGUUUGUGUGUAAUUUGUAAGUGUACAUCUUCUGUAAUUUAUAUCCACUCAUGUAUAUGAAGAGCUAUUUAUUUCCCAGGAAGACUGUUUGCACUUGUUUGAAUAAUCUAAUUAAAUGUUGGAGGUCAACCUAUUUCUCUA